AGGAAAGGGGUCAGAGGAGAAAGCUACUUCCGUUUCCGUACAGACCACAAGGGGCAAAAACACCAUGGCGAAAACCGGGGAGAAGAGCGGCGGCAGCGGAAAGAAAGGCCUGAAACGCAAAGCCGCUCCUGAAGAACCCCAAGAGGCUGCAGUCGUUGAGGAUGGGACGACGGAAAGCGGGGUCCAACCCCCGAAAGCGGCUGCCUUUCCCCCAGGCUUCAGCAUUUCGGAGAUUAAGAACAAACAGCGGCGACACUUAAUGUUCACGCGGUGGAAACAGCAGCAGCGGAAGGAGAAGUUGGCAGCUAAGAAAAAACUUAAGAAAGAGAGAGAGGCUCUUGGUGAUAAGGCUCCACCAAAGCCUAUACCCAAGACUAUUGACAACCAGCGAGUGUUUGAUGAAACCAUAGUGGACCCUAAUGACGAAGAGGUUGCUUACGAUGAAGCUACAGAUGAAUUUGCUUCUUACUUCAACAGACAGACUUCUCCCAAGAUUCUCAUCACUACGUCAGAUAGACCUCAUGGGAGAACAGUACGACUCUGUGAACAGCUCUCCACAGUUAUACCAAACUCACAUGUUUAUUACAGAAGAGGACUGGCUCUGAAAAAAAUUAUUCCACAGUGCAUCUCAAGAGAUUUCACCGACCUGAUCGUUAUUAACGAAGAUCGUAAAACGCCAAAUGGAUUGAUUCUGAGUCAUUUGCCAAAUGGCCCAACUGCUCAUUUUAAGAUGAGCAGUGUUCGUCUGCGUAAAGAAAUUAAGAGAAGAGGCAAGGACCCCACAGAGCACAUACCUGAAAUAAUUCUGAACAAUUUUACAACACGGCUGGGUCAUUCUGUUGGACGUAUGUUUGCAUCUCUCUUUCCCCAUAAUCCUCAAUUUAUUGGAAGGCAGGUCGCCACUUUCCACAAUCAACGGGAUUAUAUCUUCUUCAGAUUUCACAGAUACAUAUUCAAGAGUGAAAAGAAAGUGGGAAUUCAGGAACUUGGACCACGUUUUACCUUAAAAUUAAGAUCUCUUCAGAAAGGAACCUUUGAUUCUAAAUACGGUGAAUAUGAAUGGGUCCAUAAGCCCCGGGAAAUGGAUACAAGUAGAAGAAAAUUCCAUUUAUAAAGUACUGAAGGCAUAGUACUGUAUUGUGCUGAACAAGACUAUCUUGAAUGUAGUAAGACCCUUUUCAAAAUGGCGUUUAGUGAUUUCAUAAACCUUCUUUCAUGUCUGGACCAAGUGCCAUGAAUUGCCACUCACUAUUUAUGUAGCAAAUACAAAUAAAGGUCAUUUUGGUGAGAGUUUAUAGGUUCAAUUUAAGUUUCCUAAAAACUCAGUUCUCUUAUUUUUAAAUAAUAGUGAAUAAUGUGAACUGGAAUCAGGUUUCAAACUAACAUUCCCAUUUGUAACUUCAUGACGUGUGGGCUUGAGAGAAAUACAGUGCUUAUUUGAUACUGUGUAAUCCACUGGUUUUCCACGAGACUCAUCUUCAUAGUUUUAAUUGUUUCCUGAAAAUAUAUAUUGGAGGCUAGGUUUCUAAGGAUGUUUUAACAUUUCUUUAACCUUAAGCCUUUCAAGAAAGGUAAAAAUUUUAAAGCAAAAUGGUUUACCAAGGACUUGAAGCAAAGUUGCAAAGUAUUGAAGCUAAUCUUUUGAUUGCUUUUUUCUUGGUAUUUCUUUACCUCAUAUUGUACUGUAGGGCUUCAUUUAUGAAUUGUCUCAGGUGCUGAAAUUUUUCUUAUAUUUUAUAAUGCAAUUCUUAUGUCUAGUCUGUACUGUCUUUAUUAGGAGACCCAUCUAUUGCGAAGCAAAUAAUUUUUAGGUAUAAUGGCAAUACCCCACAAAGGAGUUUGUUAGAAGUUAACUAAUACCAAGUUAAUUAGAAAACAGUUAAUCCUGUAAAUAAUUCAUGAAUAGAAACUAGUAUUGUUAACAGCCUCUUCCUGACCUUAAGAGUUAAGUUUGUAACUUAACCUUUAAUUCUCUAGCAGUCUUGCAUAAUGUAUGGCAUAAAGUUGUGUGAGAUGAGAUGGGGGAACAAACACUAAAAACUUAACCCCUGAAUACUGAUGGGAAAACUGUCAUUUAUCUUAGGUGUUCAAAACAAAUUAAUACAUAGUGUAUUUAAACCAAUAAUUAAACAAAAAACUUUUAUACUAAGUAUUUUAUUGUAUGCUGCUGCCAGUGUAUAUAAAAUAAUUACCCUUGUGAAAAAGAAAUUCAUGAAAAUUCAGAGAGGUAGAUGUCAAGGACUGACAAAAGUAGAAGUUUGUAUAGUAUGGCACGUGUUACAGAGACAGGCGUUUGUACAGGCUUCAGGUUUAGCUCUGCUUUGAAUAGUCACUGGUUCAUGGAAACUGGAUUAGAAAACCUGAAAUAGGAAAAAAAAAAAGUGAAUUAGGGUAAAGUACCAAAGAACAAUAGCUUUUUUCUGAAUAGCAGUACAUCUUACAUUACUUUUGAUGCAUUCACUUGAAUGUCAGCUUAUAAAAAGUGCUUUCAAUUAAACUGAGCCUGUUUUUUUUUUUUUUUUUUUAAAGCAGACAUCACAGGGUUCUGUGGUGGGACGGGGGUGGAUGAGAAACAGGACAGAAAAUGUCUGUGGUAUAAAAUGUAGCUUUUCCUUAACUUCUAGAACCACUCUGAAGUAUAUAUAAUUUAUAGUUUAUUAGUAAACAUGACUUAAAGAUGCACUUGCCAAGUUCACUGCCAAAAUACACUCUGGAUCCUAAUAGAAAAAGGUUAGUAUAAAAAUCUCUUGAGAAAAAUGUGAACAACUCUAGAAAAUGAGCAACAGUAUUGAGAGCAAGAUGCAAUCACUUCUAUUUACCUACAUAAACCUAUACACAAAGAGGAAUGUGUACAUGGAUAUUGACUAUAGCAGUGUUUUAAUAGCUAAGAACUGGAAAUAGCCUAAAUGCAGCUCAACAAGGGAAUGGAUAAAUAAGCUUUGUACCUGUGAUGGAAUACUAUACAGCAAUCAAAAUGACUAAACAAUCUAUGGAUCAAUACAAAUCUCAAAAAUAAUGCAGUAAUAGUUAUUCCUUAAAAAUUAUAGCUUUAAAACUAUAAAACACAAUAAAUACAUGUAGUAAAGGUAAAAAACAUGAGAAUAACAACUUCAGGGUAAGUUAUCUAUAAGGAAAAGUAGAAAAAGUAUCUUUAAAAAUUAAUAAGGUAAACCAUUUAAUUCAGGAUAGUAGAUACACAGUUCUUUAUACUUAUUUAAAAAUGUGUUACUUCAUUAACAAAACAUGUUCAAGAAGCAUAAACACAAUCAGUGGUGAAAAAAGUGUUUAACUUCAGUUAAUGUAUUUAAAUCAGUGCAAAUUACAAAAGCAAGAUGGGCAGAAGAUAGAAGCCUGAAGUCUGUUUGGCAAGGGCUUAA